UCACAAAAUAUUAGUGAAGUUGAAAUAAUCCUUCAAAAUCAUUCUCUCUUUCUCCAUAUAUCUCUAUAUUGAUCAUGGGAGGCAACAACAACCACAGGCAGGCCAAGAGCAAGGUGAUAUCGGGUUCAAUCUCGCUGUUUGGCUUCCUCAAACACUGGAGGCAGCACCGGAGGGAUGACCAGGGCUUGGAGGACGUGAUGAGCCCCAGGAAGGUCUGGCCCAGUGACUACGACCGAGGCAACUAUGUGGCCGAGCCUGGGAUCGAUAGGAGGGCUUCUGCUUUCAUUGCGAGGUUCCAUGAGAGUCGUGUCUCGGAGUCGGAAUGCCAUGCAAUCAAUGCGUAGCACUGUGUCAUAUGAGAAGCCCAGAUGAUUUGGCAGCUAUAUCUGUUUAUUAAUUUGUAGUGUAUUUAUUUUCAAUCUGUCCAUAAAUAUAAAAUCAGAUAUGUGUGAGUGAGCGACCAACAGUUUUAGGAUAAUGAAAUAACAAUCCAGAUGUU